UGCGCUUGCGCGUGGGAAAUUUUGAAUUUGGGAGCGGUUAGGAGGCCUGAACAACAACAAGGAUGCCUUUAUUCUUAUGACAGCGAGAAAAGGUGCCUUUUAUUGUCCUUUUGGGAUUUAGUCUUUGAUUUAUUGGUGAGAAAGGUAAUACGGGCUUAUGAUAAUAACUGGAUUUGUUUGGAAUUGGACGGAAUGAAGAGAAGCAUAACUGCCAAGACUCCAAAGCAAGCUUUGACACAUAGCAAACAAGCAAAUCUUUCUGCGUGGAAAGCAAGUGGCUUGCAGACAACUGGUUGCAAAAAUGGGCAGAAACUUACAAGGGAUGAACAGCAGACUGCCAGUGACAAUUCUGAUCAUAGGCAAGAUCCUCUUGAGGAAGCUCUAACCUAUUUAAAGAAAGCUAAAGAUCGCACUCCUCCAAAAAAUGAAGUUCUGCAGAAACACUUGGUGGCCAUGGAAAAGAUUGCCCAAGAGAGAGGCUUGGCACCAGAACAACUUGACAUCUUGCUGAAUAUAGCACUGAGUGGCAAGUUUGCUGAAGCGGUAAGCACGCGACUGUUGAAGAACUUGGUUCCUACAUCAGCGAUAAUGGAGGAUUCUGUCAUUUCAGCUGUGUCUUGGCUCUGUGUUGGCAAGUGUUCUCGAACCACCCAGGUAGUCUUUUUAAAAUGGCUAAUUGCAAUGUUUGACUUCAUUGAUCAAAAGGAGCAGAUGAAUGCCCUCUAUGGAUUCUUCUUCAACUUCCUACAAGAUGAGAAACUGUUUCCCUUUGCUUGUCAUGUGUUAUAUUUGCUAACCAGAAAAAAGAAUGUGAAGCCUUUUCGUGUGAGAAGACUCCUAGACCUGCAGGCCAAGAUUGGAGCAGAACCUCCUCUACAGGCUCUGCUGUCGCUGUAUAAGAACUUCUGUCCUGAGAUGGUCUCUGUAACUUUGUCCACAAACACCAAGAUACAGUUCAGGAACUCAGAGAACCUGUGGAAAAUGGCCAUCAGCAAUUUAAAACGGCGACUCUAUGGGGCACCGCUUACAUCCCAGCCAAAUCUAAUAGAUUCAGCUUGGCCCCAGUCCCGGAAGAGGAAGUGGAAUGCCAGGUUGGUCUUGCCUGUGUCCAGUGCCCACUCUAGCUGUUCACCAAGGAACCAAAAGACCAGUCUUAUUGAUCUCACUGGCCAAGGGGAUACCUUCCCUGUGGAGCAGCUGCAGACCUUCUCCCAGCUUCUGGAGAACAUCCACUGUUUAGAACUUCCUUCCCGGAUAGGCUCAGUGCUAGCAAAUCCUCUUUUGCUCCACUAUGUGAACUGUGUUUCGGACGACUCUGUCUACCGAAGGAUGUACUACUGGAUGGGCCAGACUCUCAGAGAAGAAUGCCCUUGGCAUAAAGUUGAGAACCAGCUAUUUGAAAAGGAAUUCAAGGACUUCUUGAGGAAAAUCUUUGAAGCAGAGUGUUUUUUGCAGGAAGGCUUCUCCUCCUGCGAGGAAUUCUUGUACAGGAGCCUCCCAUUCUGGGACGGCUGCUCCUGUCGGCCAGAGGUCCUGCAGCUGGUGAGCUGGAUCCCUCUCAGCACCUUCUCAGAAAUGAAGUUGUACCUCUUCAAGCCCCUGGCACAGCUUUUUUUCACAUCGUCCCUUUAUUUUAAGUGUAGUGUUCUUGAAUGCCUGAGGGAGCUGUUACUGAACUGGCUGAAUUGGCACAUCAUGCAGACAGACACGACAACAAAGUCAACUGCUGAUCUCUUGAACACCACCCUGUCUGGCUUGGUUAGCUCUGUGGCAGAUCUCAUCAGCUUCGUUGGUUGGCUCUCAACCAUUGCCCUGCGCUUGGAGAACAACUCCGCCUUCUUGAUGCACUUCAUCCUGGAUUUCUAUGAGAUAGUGAGUGACGUGUACCUGAUGUAUAACCUCCCCUUGGUUUUGAUGCCGCCUGCUGGAGUCUUUUAUACAGCACUUCUUAGCAUGGAUUCUGUCAAUUUGGACCAUCUCUGCUACAUUAUGUACAGGUACCGAACCAACUUGAUAGCCGCAAAACAAAAGCAGCAGUCUAAAAAGACAGUAUUACAGUUCAAGUUCAGCAGCAAGACCUGCCAAGAGUAUAACAAAUACCUUUUGGCCAUGGUUGGAUGUCUGUGGACUUCGAACGUGUUCCGAAAGGACUUCCACCAUCAGGGUAUUCGCAUGGACCCAGAAGUGCUAGAGAGGACCGGAAUGAAGGAAUACAGGAGAGGCUUCAGCAUUGUUUAUCACCCUGCCCUGACAGGCUACGCGAUGCUCUUUCUACAGGAGGCACAACCCGAAAACAGAACUCCAAACUUCCAAUUAAUUCAGGGGAGGAUGUGGGACUGGUACCUGGAAUAUCUCUACACCCAAGAGUUACAAGGCCUUAAAGUCUUCAUUGAAAGUAGCGUUCAACGCGCUUCCCAGUCCUCUCAAGCAGAACUGAGCAAGUGAAUGGAUGCAAUAGACUAAUUUUUCUUAUAGACCCUUCUGGUUACCCAAGCUUAAAUAUGGGAUGCUAGCAGACGCCCAUUUUGGAGAAGGGAGUGCUGAGUACUGAGAUCCUGUCGACUACCUGAGCAUAGGAGAGCAACAGUUGCUGGCCAGGAUGACUUGACGGUCCUGGCGAAGCUGAGCAUUCCACUUGCGGGAAAUGGCUAAAUAAAAACCUUCGCGCUCGAGACGGACACCUUGGCAGUCCAAUAACCACGGCUUCCUCUCCCUCAGAGGGGGAGAAAGAAAAAUGUUUUUCAGUAAUGAACUGUGACAGGGAGGGGGGACAGCAGUCAGAUUCAUAAGGAUUCUCAGGGUUGAGAAACUUCUUGACCUCACGAACACGAGUGGUGGCAUUGUUCUGAAGCUGGUGGACCGCCUUUAGUGGUGCUGAAACACACGCUUUAUUGAUGUCACAAAGCCCCCUGGCACUGUCAGAAUGGCUGACACUUUUCUUUGCUGGUUGCCAUGUACAUAAAUGUAUAGUAGAUAUUUAUGCAACACAGUGUACUCUGUAAUGUCUGUGCUCUCUUUCUUUUGUACUGGACAGAUUAGGCAGAAGGCAGGUUUUCCCAGUGUUGUGCCCUGCAAAGUAUUCCUGCAAAGCCUGAUUACGUCUCUCUCUGUGUGUCUGUUAAGCUACCCCAACUACCUUUUCAAGGUGUAAUUGGCAAUGGGAUCUGAAGAAAGCCUCCCUCUUUUCAUAAGCCUGAUUCUUAUCUUGGCCGCUGCGGAACAUCGAGGGUUAGAACUCUUGUACUGAAAACGGGGGGCUGACAUUGUCUCUCCAUAUCCUUAGCUUAGCAUGGGCUAGAACUUCCUGCUCCUUCAUCACCCCCAUAGUAAGCGAUGGAAACAGCCAAGAGGAUUUCAUAGCCUGUGCUAGUCCUCAUCUGCCAUAGACAUCAGUGAGGGCUGCUGCAGCAGUUCAUGUCCAGGGCAGCAGAUGUCAAACACAGAAGAUGCUCCAGUCCCAAAACUACAGCUGUCUGAAUGAACCCUGCUCUUAUAUUUAUGUUGUUUUUUUCUGGGUAAGUUUUCUGCGCUGUGGUUUUCGCUGAAUUGUGCACAAACAAGAGGGACGCACUGGUGUCUGCUAGAAAAUUUGCAUUGCAGAGAAUACUGUCUUUUCUGUACAAAGUGCUUUCGGCUUCCACAAUGGGGAUGUUUCAAACUGCUGGCAGUGUUGUGAAGAUCCCUGUCUUCAUCGAGGCGGAGUGUACGUCUCCCCCCCCCCCUUGCCCUUUGUGUCCUCUUCCUUAUCGCUUGCCUCCUCCUCUUGGUGCCUUCUACAAAUAUUUCCAGCAGAUAGGUUCAAAAUAAACAAGUGUGUCUUUGUCCCGA